GCUAGCCUAUUUCCAUCCACAGUUGGCCUCCGAAACAUGUAUCUGAUGUCGACCAUGACGUUGUCUGCCACUUCUUCUUGCUGUGAGUCUGAAGUGAAGAUGGCAGCGAUGAAGUUGAAUCUGAUUUUGUGUUUUCUCCUUGGCCUCUUCUCCGUUUCAUCAGCGCAAAGUGACUAUCAAGUGAGGUUUGUGAGCUCGGGAACGUAUCCACAUGCCGGCAAGGUAGAGGUGUUUUUCGAUGGAUAUUGGGGAGGCAUUUGUGCUUCUGACUGGGACAUGAACGAUGCUGAGGUACUCUGCCGGGAGUUAGGCAAAGGCUACCCUAACACUAUCACAGUCUCCGGCGGUCCACCUACUGGAACCGGUACCAAGUGCUUGGCUACGGUAAAGUGUUACGGCCAUGAAGAACACCUCUCAGAUUGCGCAGUAACCAAGAAACCGAGAACAAGUUCUACAGUUGAAAGUGGCUUAGUUUGCUUUCCUCCCACAACUGAUGCGGGUUUGCGGCUCAGAUACGGACCUGAUCAGUAUUCAGGCUACGUAGAGGUCAAGCUGGCAAGUGGCAGUUAUAACAUCAACAUCGAAGAGAAAAAUCCAGCAGCUAUGCAAAGACCACGCACCUACCUUCGAACUGACAAGGAGUUUUAUGCAGCAAUCUGCAUAUUGGAUGCCACGGAAGUUGAUAGGAAUGAGGAGGAGGAUGAAGCAACAGUUGUCAUGUAUGAUGAACGAAACUAUAAGUAG